AUGGACGGCACGAGGCCCAUUGCGUACAGCACGGCGGAUGCGGCAUUUGCGAACCGACCGAACGGAGAGCGGGAGCAUGGAGCAUCCGAACUUGGAGCGCUCCAGCAAGCGUAUGGAUACGGCUCCAAUCAGUAUAUGGUGCCUGUCGUCGGUGCCGUGGGCCAGCAACAGACGGAGAAUACGGGCGGGCGUAUGAACAAUGACAAUGAAGAAGACUAUGUAUACUUUGCGCGGGAUGGCAGUCUCCUGAGCAAGACGACGCUGAAUGCCGCGCAGAGUGCCAAACUGCGCUUGGAACAUACUUACCGUACGGCGGUGAACCAAGCGGUGGAGCGCAGUCAGCGGCGUGCUGAGCUUGAGCGGCAUCUCCUCAACCCGUCUGAUGGCAUUCCUCUUUCUGAGGAGCGCAAGGCGCGGCAGCUUGGGGAGCUUGGGCGUCGCGAGUCGAGUUUCUUGCGUUUGCGCCGCACGCGGCUUGGCCUGGCCGACUUUAGAACAGUCAAGGUGAUUGGCAAAGGCUCUUUUGGUGAAGUGCGCGUCGUGCAAAAAGUUGAUACUGGCAAAAUUUAUGCGAUGAAGACGCUGCGCAAGAGUGAGAUGCUGAAAAAAGACCAACUGGCACAUGUGCGCGCCGAGCGCGACGUGCUGGCAGAGUCCAACUCGCCCUGGAUUGUGCAGCUCUACUACUCGUUCCAGGAUACGGCAUACCUGUACCUCUUGAUGGAGUUUUUGCCUGGCGGUGACCUGAUGACGAUGCUCAUCAAGUACGAUACCUUUUCGGAGGACGUGACGCGAUUCUACAUUGCCGAGUGUGUUCUUGCACUGGAGUCGAUCCACAUUCUGGGCUUUAUCCACCGUGAUGUCAAGCCAGACAAUAUAUUGAUCGACAACAAAGGCCACAUUAAAAUGUCCGACUUUGGUCUCUCUACGGGCUUCCACAAGCAGCACGACAACGCGUACUACCAAAAGCUACUUGAAGAUCCAGUCCCCCAGAACGAGGAACAGUCGAACAGGAACAGUGUUGCGGUGAACAGCAUCACACUUACACUCAGCAACAAAGACCAGAUUGCGACGUGGAAAGCAAACCGCCGAAAGCUUGCUUACUCGACCGUGGGCACGCCCGACUAUAUUGCCCCCGAAAUCUUUUUGCAGCAGGGGUACGGGAACGAGUGCGAUUGGUGGAGCUUGGGGACCAUCAUGUUUGAGUGCCUCUGUGGCUACCCCCCCUUUUGCUCGGACAAUGCCCACGAUACGUACCGCAAGAUUCUCGCGUGGCGAGAGACGCUGCAGUUCCCUGACGAUAUCCAUUUAAGCCCCGAGGCGGAGGAUCUAAUCCGGCGACUCAUUAGUGCGCCCGAAGAACGGCUGGGCAAGACCGGCGCGCAAGAAAUCAUGGACCAUCCAUUUUUUGCCGGCGUGGACUGGAGUACGAUCCGGCGUAUUGACGCGCCGUUUGUCCCGCAUUUGCAAAGCGUCACGGAUACAAGCUAUUUCCCUACCGAGGACUACCAAGACGUGCCUGAAGUGCCUACUGGUGCAGACGUCGAUGUGUGCGCCAAGGAUCUCGCGUUCCUGGGCUAUACAUUCCGACGCUAUGAGGCGAACGAGGGUGCAUUGUAG